AUGGUGGACACCUCUCCUCACUACACUAAGAUGGUGGACGCCUCUCCUCACCACACUAAGAUGGUGGACGCCUCUCCUCACUACACUAAGAUGGUGGACGCCUCUCCUCACCACACUAAGAUGGUGGACACCUCUCCUCACCACACUAAGAUGGUGGACACCUCUCCUCACCACACUAAGAUGGUGGACACCUCUCCUCACCACACUAAGAUGGUGGACGCCUCUCCUCACUACACUAAGAUGGUGGACGCCUCUCCUCACCACACUAAGAUGGUGGACGCCUCUCCUCACUACAGUAAGAUGGUGGACACCUCUCCUCACUACACUAAGAUGGUGGACGCCUCUCCUCACCACACUAAGAUGGUGGACGCCUCUCCUCACCACACUAAGAUGGUGGACACCUCUCCUCACCACACUAAGAUGGUGGACGCCUCUCCUCACCACACUAAGAUGGUGGACGCCUCUCCUCACUACACUAAGAUGGUGGACGCCUCUCCUCACCACACUAAGAUGGUGGACGCCUCUCCUCACUACACUAAGAUGGUGGACACCUCUCCUCACUACACUAAGAUGGUGGACGCCUCUCCUCACCACACUAAGAUGGUGGACACCUCUCCUCACCACACUAAGAUGGUGGACGCCUCUCCUCACUACACUAAGAUGGUGGACGCCUCUCCUCACCACACUAAGAUGGUGGACGCCUCUCCUCACUACACUAAGAUGGUGGACACCUCUCCUCACUACACUAAGAUGGUGGACGCCUCUCCUCACCACACUAAGAUGGUGGACGCCUCUCCUCACCACACUAAGAUGGUGGACACCUCUCCUCACCACACUAAGAUGGUGGACGCCUCUCCUCACCACACUAAGAUGGUGGACACCUCUCCUCACCACACUAAGAUGGUGGACGCCUCUCCUCACCACACUAAGAUGGUGGACGCCUCUCCUCACUACACUAAGAUGGUGGACGCCUCUCCUCACCACACUAAGAUGGUGGACGCCUCUCCUCACCACACUAAGAUGUACUGCAAGCUUCACGCUCUCUACUGGACAUCACUGUCUUUCUAUUGCAUCUAUUGUCUACUAAAUCUAUUAAUCAAGCUAUAA